AUGGCUGAAGGUCGACCAUCAAGUCAAGCUCGACAAAAUAUCGCGACUGAUCUUGACAGAGGCAGUACCUCAGCCGAGCCAGAUGACGAAAGUGAGAGCGGCGCGUCUUCAGCCCCUAAAUAUCGAAGAUUGAAUCGCGAUGGUACCAGAGCCUCAUCCACGACUGACCAAGGAAGUCGGUUCUUGUUUGUCGACUCGUCAUCGGCCGGGCAAAGACCACGUUCUGAUCAACGUGCGAUCAACGCACAUAUUCAACAGAGUGCCUAUCGCAGCCGGAGACAAGCUGCUCGACAGCAGAGGGGUUCCGACGCUGCCAAUGUUGGCCGGCAUCGCGGUGCGCCUCAGCUUCAACCGCGUCCCAUUGAACCCUAUCCGACUGUUGAGCAUCGGCGGGCUUCACCAUUGAUUUCACCGACUUCGACACCUCAUCAGCAGGCCAGCCGCCCACAAAUACCGACUCUCACACCGACGAUUUCGCCCGCAUCGUCUCCAGGCCUGCCCACAGCUGUUUUGCCCGGAUCAGAUAUCGACCAAGACCAGAUCUCGAGGCUACGAUACUACAGCAAUGUCCGAGGAUCCGAGGUGCGGCAAGCAGUCGAGGCUCAGCGUGGAGAUGAUAGACAGGCUCUCAGUGAGCGUCGUCAGGGCACAGUUCCAGAAGAGGAUCGUGCUUUGGUAGAAAAUGCAAGCGUCAGAUCGAUGCUUACGCAGAUUCUUCAGCGGCUCGACGCUGGAAAUGUUGGACAACCUCUUCAUGGGCCGCCGAUCUCAGCUCUGAGGAAUUCAGUCCUUGACCCUUUCAGUCCGAGCUCGAUAGCGAUAACUCCUGCCAUGGACGCAGUGUUGCGACAUUUUUCGGAUGUCAUGAUACCAGCAGUUUUCCCGACUCGGCAACAAGGCGACAUCCAGACGCGAUGGGCUUUCGAAAAAGCUUCUGAAGAACCCUUGGUGUUGUAUUCUUUGUUGGCAAUCUCCUCUGCAGAGCGAGGUGCUCGGCUAGGACAGCUAAGAAGCGGAUCGCAGGAGACCACGUUCACCGAGGAGGAUCUCCAGAAUCGACUCGUGCCAGAUUUCGUGUCGUACAAAGUGAAUGCGGUCAAACUUGCCAACGAGACGAUGGAGUCGAUGGAGACGGCGGCCAAGGCUUCCACAAUAUUCGCCAUGAUGUGUUUGUUAUCUAUCGAAGUCAUCACGGGCAACCAGAAGGAGAUCUUUGCUCACGUCAGUGGUCUGCAGAAACUGAUAGCAUGGCGAGGCGGAUACCACGGGAUUCCUCCCCAUGCGACGGAACUCAUAUUGUCCACUUCGUACAUGUGCGCCGCAAUGACGAGAACCCUGCCUGCGUCACCACCUACAUCUGUCUUAGCCUCCCUACCGCCCAGCCUGACGGAAGACAUCAAUCGAACCUUGGCGGAUGAUACCAGACAGAUGGGGACGGGCAUUCUGACGCAAGAUGUUGACACAAUUCUCGACUGGAGAAUAUCUCAGGCUUUCAGAGACAUGACGGACGUCGUUCGGUAUCGAGAAUAUUAUCACGAAAAACAAAUGCAGCCAGCAGAGGAAGAGGUCGAGUACAUCAAUGCGAAAAGCUAUCAGUUUCGAUACGCAGUACUGUCGGCCCCAUUUGAGCCUCGAGCACCCGCGAGUGACAAAGAGGAAGCGUGUCGACUGGCAUUGUUGAUUUUCUGGUUCACAAACUACCAAAUGUCGCAGCCCGACUCGGCCUUGAAUCGGACUUUGACGACCCAACUCAAGAGUGCCUUGCAAGCGUCCGACCUAAAGGGCCUCUGGGGCCCGUUCCAUGAACUUCUAGCUUGGGUGUUGCUGUUGGGAGCAUUCAUUUCUGCUGGGCAAAGAGAAAGACCAUGGUUUGUCAUGAAUCUCGCCAAAGUCUGCAAGGUACUUCGGCUUCAAGACUGGAGUGACGUCCGAUCUGUCCUGUUGAAGUACUUUUACCUUGACCGCAUCUAUGCCAAGGGGAUGCAAGCAAGCUGGGAAGAGGCCGCGAUGAUUGCAGAGACAAUGGAGUGA